ACACCUCAGAGAGCAGAAACACGAGAGAGUGUGAGAUUCAAAGAGCUCCGGUUUUCCGCACAAAACCGCUGAGCAAAUCAAAAGAGUGGCUGUUUUAUCCUGGAAGCGACGGGCUGAUAGUCUGCUGUGCGAAUAACGAGGCGGUGCCGCGAACGUCUUAAAGAGAGCGACCUAGUCCGCGACUCAGCCAGAUCGGUAACCCUAAUUUUUCCUGUUCGGUUUCUAACAAUUUUAAGACGUUCGGUUGCUGUCGUAUUUGCCGAGCAGGAUGCCGAUUCUAGUUCGAGCGACUUCCAUCGACCGAUGGAGACGAACGAAGCCAUUAACUUGCAUCGGCGGAUAACGGGACAUACGGCGCCGAUGCAAUUGCAAAGUCGGGGUCGCUGAAAAUUAAAUAGAGACCUUUUGAUUUCUGGGUUGCCGCUGGGAGACUGCCGCUAGCUGCCAGGUUAAUUGAGAAGGCUCUUUUACGAGCAAAAGAGCGAGCAUAGGCCACUGUGAGAAGAAGAACAUGGGAGGUAGUGGAGGAAAUCAUGAAGGGACGAAAGAAGCAGGAAUUAAGUCUGAAACCUGCCGCUCGAGACUUCUCUUUGAUCUGAGAGAACCUCGUCGGAAUUCCGCUAGCCGAUAAUUGCCAGGAAGGGGGGUUUUGUUCAAUCUCCGAGAGGGCGAAUUCCAGGAGCAUUAUAGCUUAUUUUAUCACUAUGCUAAUUGCCAUAUGUUCCCUGAUGAGUACCUCCUUUCUCGGCUGCCUAUUAUGUAAGAACGGCUGGCCCGUUUGCUUCCAAAGUAAAAAUUGAUGAGUCACGAAGAUAAAGCCCAUCAUGGGAUAAGAAAGGAAGCUAUGAUGAGAGUCCAUAUUAGAUGACAGGUGUUAGUUAUUCUGUGGCAGGGCAGCAUUUGGCCACCUAUGGUGACUUGAGAAAGGACAGAAAAUAUCCCUUGAACAGAAAUGCGGCAUUUGGUUUACUUCUGUUCAUAGCUCUGGCCGUGAUCUUGGUGCCUGGAGCUGUGAACUGGAGCAAGGAAGGGCACAUGAUAACAUGUCGAAUUGCACAGCGGAGGCGAUAUACCGGAUGCGGAGACGGUGCUUUGUUGAAAUUGGUGGUGAUUAAUUCGCAAGUUAUGGGACCACAAUCAAAGGAGUCAAGUUCAAAAGAGAAGGUGGAGGCAAUGGAAAUUAAUAUCUCGACCAGCCAAUUGGAUUUUUGUUUCUUUACCUGUCCCGCAGCGUGUUCCAAAGCUGGUAAAGGAUCCCUAGAAAGACAUGUCGCCCACACUAUCUGGAAGGGACAACUGGGCUGCUCACUACGGACAAAGAUUGAGAGAAGUGAGCCUCGAGGUCACUAUGGACUAUGGAGAGAAGCAGGAUGAGAAGAACUCCAAAUGGACUAUCGUCAAAGUUUCCCUAUACCCGGAAAUCGUUCAAGAAAUAAGGAAGUACGAUUAAUGCUAGUGAUUUGCUGAAAGAGGCACAUCGCUACUUCUGAAAAAGAGGUAAGAGCUAAAAUCCUUUUCUUGAGUAAUUAAUGAAUGAUAAAUUAGAAUCAAUGUCGUAUGGAUAUAUGCAUCGAAUUGAAAAUUUGUGUGAAUGCUAGACAAAAGCUAGAACCGAUGCAUGAAGAGGUUGACAUUGAGAUGUGUUAUGCUUAAUGAUUAGAGUACAACUUCGUAUACAUCUUUAAAAGAGUGAUUUUGAUUACAUGAAUGCAUACUAUGAAGCAAAUAUAAAUGCAUAUUUUGUGGCAUAUAUGUUAGUGGAAUGGGUUAUAGGCUCAUAAUUAUGUUGGACGAAGUACUGUUGUCAGUACUAAGUGAGUCAUUAAUGCGAGUUUGAACCUAAAAGGUUCAAGAAUCAUAAUAGAAAAUCGAACCAUCUACACCAAUUAGAAUGGUACCAUUCGUGGUAACCAAAUGAUCAUCGGCCAAUCCUCUAAGAAUGACGUUUUAUUUCUCUGCAAUAGUUGCGAGAAAUUAGGUCAUAUAACACGAAAAUGUAUGAACAAGUAUAACAUUGAUUCUAGUGUUAUCUUUAUUGAAGAGAAGGAUUGGUGGUUGUGAUGAUUGUGAAAAUAGCAGAGAUUAACCUUGAUGGUAACUCUGAAGAAUGGUGGCUAAAUACUGGUACCUCGAGGCAUACUAAGGCAUAUGGUAUUAAGAAAGUGUUGUUGAGUAUUGCUCACUCCACUAUUGAUAAUGGUGAUGAGAGUAUGCAUAUGAUGAUAAUGUUAAAGUGUUGAAUUCUCAUGGGUCUUGCAUGCACGUCUUUGACGUAUAUCUUGAAGAUUGAAUAACUAGGGUCACAUUCUCAUAAUGGAUGUGGUAAAUGUGAUUUCCAUAGAUCAGAUAAAUGACACAUAAAUAUGUGGUUAGAGAAUCAAAAUAGAUAGAUCUGAUUUAUUUUGAUAUGGGUAAACAAGGUGGAAAGACAAUAAAUUAUUUAUUGCUCUAUAAAGUGUUUUGUCUAGUUAUUGGAGAUGCUAAUUUGAAAUAGUUUGAGAAAUGCUUAAUUGCAUUUUUAUUGAUUGAACUGAUUAUUCAAUAUAUCGCAUGCUUGUGAUAGAGUUAACGAACCAGUGUAGUGAUAAAUAGAAUAGCAUAUGAGUGUGUUUUAUGUUGUCAACAAUAAAAAUACAUAGUUCCUAUGUAACGAAAUGCUCAUGUUGUUGUGAAAUCCAUUGAUGACAAUAAACUUCCAUUUUAGAUCAAGAAAUAGUGGGGGUAGUAUCCUGCCUACUAUUAGAAAUAAUGGAUCUAGUGGGGGUGAUGAAUUUGAAGUAUGAAUUCACAAGAGACAAAUGAACCAUAAAUCACUAAAGGAUUUUGGUUAUGAAUUUGUUAUUACACCCUAAGAAAGAUUCCACAAGUCUGUUUGAAGUUUGAACUUCCAUGCAGAUUCGUGGGAUAAUCCAUUAUUAGCGAAAUGGAAUUAGUGGAGUCUAGUAAGACUUAAAAUCUUGUGGAGUUACCUCUUGGCUAUAAAGCAUUGGGUAAUUUAUCGAUAGGGUCAAACAAGAUUUGGCAUCUUUGAGAUUUACCUCUUGGCAAUGAAGUCAUGGGUAAUAAAUGGAUUCUUAAAAGAAAAGUGAAACCUAUUGGUUUAGUUUAUGAGUAUAAGGAUCGCCUAAUAGCUAAGGCUUUAAGCGAAAGGAAAAAUUGUAAAUUUUCUUGUUAUCUAUUCACCAUAUGUAGAAUAACAUCCAUGUAUGUUCUGAUUGCUAGUGUUGUGCGUCAGAUGGAUUGUUAAACAUGUUUUAGUGAAUGGUGAUUUAGAUAGGAAAAUCUACAUGGGACAACCAAUAAGGUUGUUAUUCCUGA